CGCAAUGAUUAUCUAACCCUCGUAUCGCGACGAACUAUAUCAACCCGCUGUCAUCAGACAAAGAACCAUCCUCCGUCAAUAUCAGCAUUCUUUCUCAAGGCCUCAAAAGAAAACGAAAAUGACCCCCAAACUCAUCGCCAUCGCCGGCGGCACCGGCACAAUCGGCUCGUGGAUCGUCCGCGCGCUACACAACAGUCCGCUGUACAAACCCAUCAUCCUGUCGCGCGCAAACGACACGAAUAAACCAAACACGUCGGCUACUACGGCCAUACCCGCAGACACAGACCCUGCUACAAAAGAGACCUACGAAAUCGAAACCCGCUACGUCGACUACACCUCCCUCCCCUCUCUCACAGCCUCGCUCUCAGGAAUCCACACCGUAAUAUCCGCCCUCCUGAUCCCCAGCGAGAAGAUGGUCGACUACCAGGUAAACCUGUUGAACGCAUCAAUCGCCGCUGGUGUGAGGCGUUUCGCACCGAGCGAGUUUGCGCUUUCGCAGGAGGUGCAUAAGCAGGUUGAUAUCGAUUACGCGAAGAUUGUUGUUUGGGACGCGGUGCGGGCUGCGGUGAAGAGGGACAAUAUCGACGCCGCGGCGUUUCCGUGUGGGAUGUUUAUGAAUUAUCUCGCUGUUGGCACGUCGACGGACGUAGCUGGUGAGCGGAGGAGGAAGAGGGCCCUUGCGGGGUUUAGUGAGGGCGCGUUGAUGUUCCACCCCCGUCCGGCUCCUGGAGAAGGAGGGACGCCGUGGGUUGAAGUCCCGCUUACACCGGACGGCGAUUUCCCCGAUAUAACGAUGACAGAUAUCCGCGACAUCGGAAGAUUCGUCGUCGCUGCGCUCGGACUUGAGGAACCCUGGGGUGGGCGGGAACUUGGAAUGGCCGGUGAGACGAGGAAUCUGAGAGAGAUCAUUGGGAUUAUGCAGGAGGUGCUUGGGGAGGAGGUUGAAGUUCGGACUGUCACGAGAGAGGAGUUGCAGAAGCGCUUAGAUGCCCUGGAUCAGAGUGAUAUCCUUCCCAGGAUCGAUGUGCAGUAUACCAUGGCUUGUGGGCAGGGAGGAUCGGUUAUCAAGGGUGUUCUGAAUGAGCUGUGUCCGGAGGUCAAGCCGGUUAGCAUUCGGGAGUUUAUGGAGGAGGCGUGGGGGAAGUAGCUCGCACUAGCGUUCAUCAUUCCAAUCAAUGAGCCUAGCUAGAAACUAUCCAGACUAAAUCGAUUUCUAACCCUGCACCUGCAAAAUCUCCGUCUUAGCCUCAGUCUCCUCGGGCCAGGCAAGCAAAACGACCUCGUCCCCCUUCAAUUCAAACCCAACCACAACGGAGCGCUCAUUAUUCAGCGCAAGCUCAUACUUGCCCGGGUACAGAACCCGAUUCCCCUUCUCGUCUGUCCUUGCCACACUAUCAAUCGUCACCGGUACAUUGAAAACCUUCUC